AUGGCUGGAGGCGCGAUAAGCUUACUGCUGCCCUUCGCGGGUGCCAUACAGGCUUCCAUCUGCGUACUAUUGACGAUAUUCUACGGCUUGCUGGCCUCACAGUGUAACCUCAUGGAGCUCUCGGCUGCGAGACAGAUCAGCAGAACCUCGGUGAACAUGUUCAUGCCAGCAUUGCUGAUCACCAAUUUGGGAUCUCAAUUGCACUUGAGCAACAUCCUCACCUAUAUCCCGGUCCUCGUCUGGGCACUUAUUCACCAGCUGUUCUCCCUGGCAGUCGCCCGUGCUGUGACUCAUGUAUGCAGGAUGCCACGCUGGGUCGUGGGAGCAAUCACUUUCAAUAACACCUCUGCAUUCCCUUUGCUGCUCGUCCAGUCUCUGGCCACGACGGGCGUGCUCGCGCCUCUUUUGGCAGGUCCCAACGACACGGAGUCCGACGCGCUGGACAGGGCGAAAUCUUACUUCCUGAUCUCUGCGGUGGUGUCCAACACAAUGACCUUCGGAGCCGGUCCAUCCCAACUCAAAGGGCAUGAAGAAGACGCGCCGAAUCAAGCGCCGAAUGUUCAUUGGCAAGACGAGGCGCAUUCCGGAAAUCAAGACGAUCCGGAAGAUCAGACUCAGGGUGAUGGACAGGAGGACCAAGCACCAGACUCGGGAAGCAACCGUACGUCACUGCUUCCAGACCACAUCAAUCACCAAGUAUAUCGCAUCCGCAACAGCAUCAGCAGUUUCAGUCGACGCAUGGUUCGCAGCUUACCGGAGCCGUUAAGGCGAGUUAUCAUGUCUAUCUAUCGGUUCCUUACUCCACCUCUGGUGGGAGGCAUUAUAGGUGCUAUUAUUGGCUUGAUACCACCGCUGCACCGGUUGUUCUUCGCAGAGACAGAUCACGGCGGCUAUUUCACUGCCUGGAUCACGGAGAGUGUCAAGCGCAUGGGUCAGCUGUUCGUGUCUUUGCAAAUGGUGAUCGUCGGAGUAAAAUUGAGUGUGAGCUUGAGGAAGGAGAAAAGACACGAAGACACAGGAAGCCUGUCGUGGGGUCCACUGCUCUUGACAGCAAUCUUUCGUUUCAUUCUGUGGCCAGCGAUCAGCAUUCCUCUCAUUUGGGUGGUUGCAACGAGAACCACCCUUCUGGCAAAGGAUCCAAUGCUCUGGUUCACGAUGAUGCUCAUGCCUGUCGGUUCAACUGCAUUGAAGUUGAUGGCUCUGGCCGACGUGUCGAGGACAGAAGCAAACGAGAAGAUGGUCAUUGCAAGAUUUCUCGCAGUAGGGCAUAUAUGGGAUGACGCCUCUGAUCUCUUUGGCCGUCGUUCUGCGCUGAAGGCAGCGCAAGCAGCGAAAUCCGGAGUCAGCUAA